AAUUUGCAGGAUGCGCUAGGACGGUGAAUUUUCCGCUUGCUGACUAGAGCACUGGUGCUCCUCUCAUCCCCACCCCGAUUCGGCGUCGCGCACGCCACGCCGGAUCUAUAGCCAGUAGCCAGUGCGAUGAUAACCCAUCACCCAUCCCUGCUCCGCCUCCGCGCACCCCUCCCCGCCGGCCUCCGCCACGGGACUUCACACGCCUUGCUUUUCACCGCGGCCGCCUACUCUCCUCCUCCGCCGCCCCUCCGCCUGCUACCUCUGCGCGUCGCCGCUGGAGGAGCCUAACCGGUAGGUCCUGAUGGAGGCAAUCGCGCGACGCCUCCCCCGCUCGGAGCCGCGGCGCUCGACUUCGCGCGGAGCAACUUCCUCCCGCUAGUUGUGAAUUCUCACUGAGUCAAUUCAGGUGCAGUUCAUUUUCUAGGCCAGCUGUAUUUGAAAUGCAGCUCUAAUUGGUGGGAUGACUUUGGGACUCCUGGAUCCAACUCUUGGUUGCCUUGCUCACAAAUAUUCCCUGUCAAAAUACAGCACUUUUGGGAUAUUCAUUAUAUCAGGGCUGACUCUGCGCACUAAGGAGCUUGGCGCAGCGUUACAAGCUUGGCCUGCUGGACUCUUUGGACUAGGCUCAAUUCUGUUGUUCACACCUUUUCUUGCACAAUUUCUUGUGCAAAUUCAGUUCUUCCCUCGUGAAUUUAUUACUGGGUUGGCUAUGUUUUGUUGCAUGCCAACAACAUUAUCAAGUGGAGUCACACUAACACAGCUUGCUGGCGGCAACUCCGCACUUGCUCUUGCAAUGACAGUCAUAUCCAAUCUACUGGGCAUUAUGUUUGUACCUUUGUCUCUUGCAAAGUACAUUGGCACUGGAGCUGGAGUGUCUUUGCCUACUAAGGAAUUAUUCAGAAGCCUGGUCAACACUCUUUUAAUCCCCCUUAUUUUAGGCAAGGUUGCCCGAGAAACCUCAAAAGGUAUUGCUGAAUUUGUUGAUGGAAAUCGCCAGGGCUUUUCAGUUUUAAGUGCUGUUCUUCUCAGCCUAGUCCCAUGGAUACAAGUAAGUAGAUCAAGAUCGCUGCUAUUGUCCGUUAAACCAAAAGCUUUCGCUGUUAUUGUGACUAUUGGAGUGCUUCUACAUCUUGCUCUGCUGGCAUUCAAUGCUACAACACUGCAGGUCUUGUCAUGUCUUAAACAGAAGGAAGAGUCAGUCUUUGCGAGAAAAGAGUAUGCACGAGCUGUCAUUUUGGUGGCCAGUCAGAAAACAUUGCCAGUGCUGGUUGCUGUGGUUGAGCAGCUUGGAGGUGCUCUUGGGGAGUCUGGACUUCUGGUCAUCCCAUGUGUUGCUGCGCACAUUAAUCAGAUCAUUAUCGAUUCUAUCCUAGUAAAUUGGUGGCGCAAAAGAGAUCAACGAUCUAGGGAGCCUUGGCGCAGUGGUAAAGCUGCUGCCUUGUGACCAUGAGGUCACGGGUUCAAGUCCUGGAAACAGCCUCUUGCAGAAAUGUAGGGAAAGGCUGCGUACAAUAGACCCAAAGUGGUCGGACCCUUCCCCAGACCCUGCGCAAGCGGGAGCUACAUGCACUGGGGCUGCCCUUUUAAAAGAGAUCAACGAUCUACUAAUGCAAAAUAGCUUCAGAAUUUGAAUCUGAUCUAAGUGCAAAGAUCUACCCGAGUGAGGCUUGACAAAUCCAUGGUGAAAUAGGUUAAUUGGACUCGGUAGAUCGCUUGGUGCAUGACAAGGUCAGGAUUCUUAUGAUCCUAGAACUAUUUAGUUCGAAGUCUCCAUCAAUGUGGAGUAGGAUAACGCCAACUAUCCGAACCAUGAACAUCGUCGCGCCCCUUAUGUUAGCAAUUUCUAAACUCAAAACUCUUACUUGGAUUUUUUUCCUGCUACUGUAAUGUGUUGGCUUGUUUGUUUAGUUUUAAGAAUCCACGAGAUAGUUGCCUAAAAUUUCCAACUUA